UAACAAGGACUAUGGUCCGAUAGAGACUGGAACUCAGCGUGAAACCACUUAAGACUAACAACCGUUUAUUGGAUUGUAGUUUGAAGAUAUUAUUUUGUCUUUAUUUGUAUUUGUCUUAAACCUGUCAAAGGCUAAUCAUGGCAUUUCUGAUCUACCUGACUGUACUGACAACAGCCGUCAUCACACAGGUGACUGCUAGCUGCCCAGCAGUGUGUGACUGCCCUGGAGAGCCCCUGAUUUGCCCUCCAGGAGUAAGCACUGUGCCAGAUGGAUGUGGGUGCUGCAAGGUGUGCGCUGCACAGCUUAACCAGGACUGCAGCCCCAUGAGGCCUUGCGACCACCACAAAGGGCUGGAGUGUAAUUACGGCAACGAUGUGACCAUGGCCUGGGGCAUCUGUCGAGCAAAAUCAGAGGGACGCACAUGCGAGUACAAUGGCAGGAUCUAUCAGAAUGGUGAGAGCUUCCGUGCCGGCUGUAAACACCAGUGUACCUGCAUCGACGGGGCUGUUGGCUGCGCUCCUCUCUGUACCAACAAGUUGCCACCUGCCUCUCCAUCCUGCCCAUAUCCACGGCUGGUCAGGGUACCCGGGCAGUGCUGCUUCAGCGUGGACUGCCAUAAGGGCACCUGGCAGCUCCCACCUAAGCAUCAGGUGCCUCCACCACAACAACAACUGCCCAGACGCCAGCACCAUCCUGCUCCGCACCAGCCUGACAAUGAGCUGGUCAAUGAGCUCACAGACGUGAAGUCCAGCGGCUGGGAGAGUGAACAUGGCUACAAGCACCUGCCUGUGUGGAACCAUCUGAAGGAGAAGAAGUGCCCAGUCCAGAUCACUGACUGGUCCCAGUGCUCCCGCAGCUGUGGGAUGGGCGUUUCUUCUCGCAUCACCAACAAGAAUCCUCAGUGCAAGCUGGAGAGAGAAACAAGAAUCUGUACGGUACGGCCAUGCCACGGCCUAACAGUCCCAGCCAAGAGAGGGAAGAAGUGCUCCCCGACCCAGAAAGCCCCAGAGCCCAUCCGCCUGUCCUACGGAGAAUGUGUGAGUGUCCGCCUCUACCGGCCCAACUACUGCGGUGUGUGCACAGAUGGACGGUGUUGCUCGCCACGCCGCACACGUACCGUCCCCGUGACCUUUGUCUGCCCGGACGGUGAGCGUUUCCAGAGGUCUGCCAUGUUCAUCCAGUCGUGUAAAUGCAGCGACGACUGCGGCCACCUCAAUGAAGUGGCCCUCCCUCCACAGCAGUGGAUGUACGGAGAUACACACCAAUUUAUAGACUAGUACUGAGGAGGAUUUUUUUUUUAUUUUAUUUGAAUGUGAUGAGGUCAAGUUUCUUGAUGAAGAAAGACACUUCAGGACUAGGGGCCAUUCUUCUCAUCUGGCUCCAAGUGAGUGAAGACCAGGAGCGCCUUUAUUCUCAAUCAUAAAGGCAACCCUUUAUUGUGAUCUUAUUAUAUGACCGGAGCAGAUUGUACACGUGCCCGCUCCUGUUCAAACAGACAUGGGACCUAAAUUAGAGCCCUGAAGCACCCCUUGACUUCCUCCACUCUGGACUGAUUGCUAGUUCAGGUGUGGGUGGAUGAUUUUUUUUUUUUUUUUUUU